AGUGAGGAGGUUCUCCGCUCUCUCAUAUCGUACUCGGGACAUUUAUGACGACACGUGCGGCCUUAAAUAAUUUUUAAAAAAAUUAAUGUUAACUCCAAAAAAAAACCUAUACCGUUUAAUCAUUUUACUUUGAUAUAUGCCAGUUACAUACAACACGUGUUACAGACAUUUAACGAUUUUUAGUGGAUUUGUUUUAAUUAUUAAAAAUAAAACAACAAACUUUUAAUUAUUUAUUUUUUAUGAUGUCCAUCAGUCAAAUGAAUUAAUAUGACAUGAGUUAAAUUUAUUUUUAAUAAAUAAAUUUGAGUAAAAAAAUUUGUGAUACAAAAUUAAAGUGAAACGACUGACAGCCUGAGGCUGAACUUUCGUGCAGGCAAUUGAGGUUUGCAUGGCUCGAUCUCACCUGCAGCCGGUGAAAUUUCGGCAAGAAGAGGCCCUUAUUUAAAGUCAUUUUAUUUGCGUCUUUUGUUUUAUACCCCGAUUAAGGUGGUCAGGAUAAUUUAACCGUGGCCUGCUAAAUUUCAUGGUGCUUCACAAAUAUCGAUCUGGAUGAAAGUCACACGCGUGACCGACACGCGCCGUGACCAGUAAGGAAUCAAGAAAACGACAGUGAGCACGCGAGAGAGAUUUGAAGGGUCUCUUAUCGCAUCUCAAACGUCACAGACGUGGCAUGACGAAGAUCCACGCAUUGUGAACACUAGAAGUAAAUCAAAAUAACAGAAUAGCGGGAAAAAUUCUGGAAUUUCAGUAUUUUUAUAUUUAUCUCAAGAUGGAGACUGUGCUGGAAAAAAUUGGAAAACUCAACCUGAGGAUCCCGACUUGUUCCUUGAGAAGUCCUCAACCUCUUAAAGAAUUUGUCGUGCACUGCCAGACGAUGCCUUCUCGGGUGAAGAAAUCAUUUUGUGGUUGCCUGCAGGAUGAUGAACCUCCAGAAAUUACGUACUGCGUUGUGGAGCAGACGGGUACACUCACGCUUCAAGCAAUGACCCCAACAUUGCCAAUGCCUGCUGAAGAAGAAUUAAAUAAAAUGUUUUUGGAGCUUGUUGAUGAGUUAGAUCUUACGCAGGCGAAUCGUCAAGCAGUAUUGGCACUUCCUGCCAAUAAAAAAUGGCAGAUUUAUUGCUCAAGGAAAGGUAAUGAUACCCUUGAUAAUGGAGGCCUACGAACGACUGAUUUAAGUGGAGAUCCCGAAGACUAUAUCAACAGGAUUCGUGUGAUAACAACGACACCGAUUUCUGAAGAUGCUGAAGAAUUAUCCAAUCAUAUAAGACAAGCAGAAGCAUUAAAAACUGCUUUAAGAACACAACCACACAGUUUUGUUCUUAGAUUUAUUGAACUUGAUGGGUUGAAUAUUUUAUUGCAAAUUUUGGGAACUAUAGAUGUUGAAGCAGCUAAUAGUAAUCUCCAUACAAGUGUUAUAGGAUGUUUAAAGGCACUAAUGAACAAUUCGAAUGGUCGGGCUCAUGUAUUGGCUCAUCCAACAGCGAUAAAUACAAUAUCUCAAUCACUUGCAACAGAAAACAUUAAAGCAAAAAUUUCUGUUCUCGAAAUUUUGGGUGCAGUAUGCCUUGUCCCUGGAGGACAUCGGAAAGUUUUAGAAGCGAUGCUUCAUUUUCAAAAAUAUCACUUCGAAAGAACUCGAUUCCAAAGUAUAAUCAACGAUUUAGACAAGAAUUUUGGCAUCUAUAAAGACAAUCUAUCUUUAAAAACGGCAAUUAUGUCAUUUAUUAAUGCAGUAUUAAAUUACGGACCAGGACAAGUGACUCUAGAGUUUCGACUUCAUCUUCGGUAUGAAUUGUUAAUGCUUGGAAUCCAACCAAUUAUCGAAAAAUUACGUAAAUAUGAAAACGAAACUUUAGACAGGCAUUUAGAUUUUUUUGAAAUGGUGAGAAAUGAAGAUGAAAAGGAAUUAGCGCGAAAAUUUGAGAAAGACCACAUAGAUACUAAGAGUGCAACUGCAAUGUUUGAUUUAUUACGAAGAAAGCUGAGUCAUACAGCAGCUUAUACUCAUUUGUUAAGCUUACUCGAACACUGUCUUCUUCUUCCGUUAGAUUACGGCUCGUAUCCUCAACAUUGGUUAUUAUUUGAUCGUAUUGUUCAGCAAAUAGUUCUGCAAUCUGAAGGAGGCAAUGAAGGUGGAACUCCUAGGAAUCCAGAUGUCGCUCCAAUUGAAAUAAAUGUUAAAGAAAUUGUUCAUUUAUUAGCAAAAGAAGAAGAAUUGGUAGCAGCAAGAAAACGAGCUGAAGAAUUAGAACGAGAAAACUCAGAUAUAUCAACAAAAUUAGCGAAAAAAGAACAAGAAUUAGAUUUAAGGACCCAAGAGAAAGAAGACAUGGAAGCAAGUUUAGCAAGAAUUAAAGAAAGACUUGAAAAAGAAACAUCAAUGCACAUCGAAACGAAACAAAGAAUUUCUGAACUCCAAGAUAACAUUGAAGCUCUUUCUCGACAGGUUAAUAAUGAAAAGUCUGAGAGGAAGCGGUUAGAGCAGUUAGUAGCCUCAGGAAGUCUUCCAGAUGACGCAAAAGCAACGAUUAAAAUUGUUGAAGACGAUCUGGUGGAGAAGAUUGAAGCUAAACCAACACCACCUCCUCCACCUCCACCGCCUUUAGCACCACCCCCACCUCCGUUAUGUUUUACACCGGCAGCACCACCACCACCAAUGAAGGUUGAAGUCAUCAAGAAUGUUCCUAUAUCAAGCAAUCCUUUAAAAUCCUUUAACUGGUCUAAGAUUCCUGAACAGAAGCUUCAAGGCACUAUCUGGUCAGAGUUAGAUGACACUAAAUUAUAUAAUAUUAUGGAUCUAGAUAUGAUCGAUAAAAUAUUUUGUGCGUAUCAGAAAAAUGGUGUUUCUGCGGAAGGUUCUAUUGAAGAUCUUAGGAACUUGGGUAAAAACAAGAAAACUAUGUCAGUUAUCGAUUCAAGAAGAGCACAAAAUUGUACUAUUUUACUGUCUAAGCUGAAGAUGUCUGAUAACGAGAUUACAAGAACAAUUUUAUCGAUGGAUCAACAAAACAUUCUACAUAUUGACAUGGUCGAACAAUUGCUGAAGUACAUUCCUUCCUCUGAAGAAGCUGCUUUGCUUGAUAUGAAUCAGAAAGAUUUGCAGAGUCGAGCGGAUUGUUUUCUCUAUCAAAUUUCUAAAGUACCGCAUUACGAACAACGCCUGAGGUCCUUGCACUACAAGAAAAAAUUUGCUGCCAGUAUCGCGGAAUUGACGCCGAGGAUGCGUGCCGUUCUUGAAGCGAGUCGACAAGUCGCUAGAUCACGAAGACUCAGGAAGUUACUCGAACUGGUUCUUGCUCUCGGAAAUUACAUCAAUCGUGGAAACGCCCGAGGCAAUGCCUGUGGCUUUCGACUGGCCUCUUUGAACAGACUAGUAGAUACCAAGUCUUCAUGUGCUAAAGGAACGACACUGCUUCAUUAUCUUGUUCAAAUACUUGAGUCAAGAUUUAGGGAAGUUUUAGAUAUUGAAGAAGACUUACCGCAUGUAAGAACAGCUGCAAGAGUAAGCAUGGUUGACCUUCAAAAGGAGGUCGCCAAUCUGAAGAAUGGACUCCAAGAUGUUCAACGGGAAAUUGAAUUCCAUCGAGGACAGGCUCAAGUUCUCCAAGGAGACAUGUUCCUACCAGCAAUGAGAGAUUUUCAAGCUCAAGCAACAUGUCGAUUAGCUGAAGCUGAAGAUUUGUUCCAAGACAUGAAAACCAGAUUUGACCGAGCAGUAAGACUUUUUGGAGAAGAUUCUGCGGGUGUUCAACCUGACGAAUUCUUCGGAAUCUUUGAAAACUUUUUACAAGCUCUUACUGAAGCCAGAGCUGACGUUGAAAACAUGAGAAAGAAAGCUGAAGAAGAAGAACGUCGUGCCAAACAAGAACAAGAGUUGAAGAAACGUACGAUGGAGAGAAAAAAUUCUCGAGAAGGAAUUCUCAAUAGCAUUUCUUUAAAUAAAAAGAAUGAAGUCAAUAGUAAUGGACAAGGAGACAAUAAAGGAGAAUUUGAUGAUUUAAUUUCAGCCUUGAGAACUGGAGAUGUUUUUGGUGAAGAUAUUGCUAAGUUUAAAAGAUCAAAACGACGACCGGUAACUCCAAGCAGUCAAGACUCCCGGAGGCAUAGUCUCCACCGGGAAGACUCUCGUGAGCGACACUAGAUAAUUUGGUUUUCAGUGUAUCGAAAAAGUAGUCUCUCUGCACUUCUUUCCAGUCGAUAACUCAUCAUCUACAUCGAGUUUAGUAGCAUUGGAGUAGAGUACUGUCAGUCAGUGUGUUUUCAUCAUUCGGACUUUUUAGUUUCUAGAAUUUCUUCAGUGAUAGUGUCACGAACGAUGAUACAUUCCCACAUUAUCAAUUUUAUCAAUUUAUUAUUUCAUUGAUUGAACAAAUACAAUAGAAUUUAAUCUUAAAUUAUUAUUUUCUAUUGUAAGACUGCAAAUUAAUAUUUAGUGCCAACAGUUUCUAUAAAUGUAAAAUGAAGAUUGUCUUGGGGUUUUUAGUUGAUUGUAAGUUCAUAAAAAUUUUAUUAUUAUUUUAUGAACAUAUCAAAUACAACGUUGUUUUAAAGGUAUACGAUUAAAAAAGUACAUCUUUGUGAAAAAAAGUUCUCUCAUAGUCAUUCUAAAAUGUUAACAAUUUUUUAAUAUAGCGAAUUAUUUAUACAGUGGUUAGUCAAAAUGUAUAAAAUUAUUUGAAUCAAUGAACAGAAUAAUUCUUUUAAACUAAAAUUUAAUUUGACAUUUAAAAUUAGUUUUUAAUUUAAUACCGCUUUUAAAUUUGAAUUGAUUUGCAGAUUUUAUAAAUUUUAUAAAUUGCAAAAUGAAAAUUAAAAAGAAACAAUUAGAAGAAUAAGAAGUAUACUAUUUGCAGUGCAAUAAAUUUAUGAAAGAAUAUUAAUAUAUGAAGAAUAUUAAUGUAGAAACAAUCUAUCGGCAUAAUUUCAGAGAAUCAUAAUAUAUCAGAGUAUAUGGCAUAAAUAUUGAUCACAAAAUAAAAAGUGUAUAUGUAAAAAAAAGAGCAAGAUAAAUAUAGAAAAGAUAGA